GGAGUGCUGUCGCCCGUACGCCUCCUAGCAGCUGCCAGAAUGCCAAACUGGGGAGGAGGCAAGAAAUGCGGGGUGUGCCAGAAGACAGUCUACUUUGCUGAGGAGGUCCAGUGCGAGGGCAACAGCUUCCACAAAUCCUGCUUCCUGUGCAUGGUUUGCAAGAAGAAUCUGGACAGCACCACUGUGGCAGUGCAUGGAGAAGAGAUCUAUUGCAAGUCAUGUUAUGGCAAGAAGUAUGGACCAAAAGGCUACGGCUACGGGCAGGGUGCAGGCACGCUGAGCAUGGACAAGGGGGAGUCUCUGGGCAUCAAGCAUGAGGAAGCCCCCGGACACAGGCCUACCACCAACCCCAAUGCAUCCAAGUUUGCUCAGAAGAUCGGCGGCUCUGAGCGCUGUCCGCGAUGCAGCCAGGCAGUCUAUGCAGCGGAGAAGGUGAUCGGUGCCGGGAAGUCCUGGCAUAAGUCCUGCUUCCGAUGUGCCAAAUGUGGCAAAGGCCUCGAGUCGACCACCCUGGCAGACAAGGAUGGUGAGAUCUAUUGCAAAGGAUGCUAUGCCAAAAACUUUGGGCCCAAAGGUUUUGGCUUUGGACAAGGAGCUGGCGCCUUGGUCCAUUCAGAGUGAGGCUGCCGCCUGCGUACCCUGCCUACUCCUGCACUCUCAUAAGCAGUCCGUUCCUGGAAGCCAUGGACACCUCCAAGAUCCUCUCUCUCACUCAGCCCUGCUGCACAUCACUAAUGCCUUGGACUUGGGUGUUCUUUGGCUUAGGGGUCUGCCUGAGUUCCUUCCCCACUAAGGGCUUCCUCCUGCCUGGCAUUCGAUACCCUUAUCUUUAGGAGACAUCUGUCUAGUCACCCCUUCCCAGAUACCAGGUCCCUCUCCCCACACCUUACCCCUACAGACCUCUGUGGCCAGGACACUCUCUACUGGCCAGGACACCUGACCCCACAUCUUUGGAGCCCAAAAGAGCAAGGCGGAAGACCUGCGCUAGGGAAGGCUGUGGUUUAUUGUAUCCCAGAGUCUCUCUCUGGGUAGGAUGCUGAGCUUCUUGGUGCCUCUCAGUCUGGGAAGUCCCCGUGAGAGGCAGAGAGGUGCGGAUAGGAUUGUGGGGUCAUCAGAAGGAGCUUGUUCUCUGACCUCUUGCCUUUGAAUGUGGAAAUAAUAACUUUUCACUUAGGGAUGAAGAAGAACGCAGGUCAGAGGACCCUAAAAUCUAGAGGUUGCCUGACCUCAAGUUCCCUGUUCCAUGGGCAAGGGAGAGCCUAAUGAAUACCUUGAACAAGCAUUGACAUGGAUCAGUGGUCCAGAUCUUAGAGUGGUCAGUUCUGGUUCUAAGCUUGGGUCUGGUGGCUGGGAUGGACAGCUUCUGUUGCAGCAUAGCCCAGGGUAGAGCUGUGUUCUAGCCACUCCUGAGGGUCCUCCGAACCCCAGUCCUCCUCUCCAACCCAGACCCUUCGUUCACCCCACCUUUCUCUAGUAAACCUUCGCUCCCUUGCCCAUCCCUUCCAGGCCCCAAGGUCAGGAGCAGAGGGAGGGAGGGGAAGAGCUGGGCCUUAAUGCUCCUGGGGAUGGGGACGGGGACAGAAGGGACAAGGCUGUGUACAGCUAUUUGCUGCAAGGGCUGUAGGCAUGGGCUGUUGAAGCUGAUUUAUCAUCUGAUCAAUAAAGCAAUUUAGAACUGAA